AUGCGGUCCUUCAUCCGUCGCGGAGCUCUGUCGCUUGCGGCUCUCACUUUGCUUUCUUCCUCUGUGGCUGCCGAAGUGUUCGAGAAGCUUUCUUCUGUCCCCAAUGGCUGGGUUUACUCUGGCACUCCUAGCGGUGACCAGGCCAUCCGCCUGAAGAUCGCUUUGCAACAGGGCGACGCCGAUGCCUUCGAGAAAGCUGUCCUUGAUAUGUCGACACCCGAUCAUGCCGACUAUGGAAAGCAUUUCGAGACCCAUGAAGAUAUGAAGCGCAUGCUUUUGCCGCGAGGUGAAUCCGUCAGCUCCGUCCAGGAGUGGUUGGAAUCUGCCGGCAUCACCGACUACGAGCAGGACGCCGAUUGGAUCAACUUCCAAACCACCGUGGAAAAGGCCAAUGCCCUGCUGGAGACCAAAUUCCUCUGGUACAACAACAAGGAGAAGGAUAUCAAGCGUCUGCGAACCCUCCAGUACUCGAUUCCCGACUCGGUCGCGGGCCACGUCAACGUCAUUCAGCCGACGACCCGCUUCGGCCAGAUCCAGCCCGACCGCGCGACGCUGCGCUCCAAGCCCAAGCACAUCGACGAGAACUGGCUGUCUAAGGUCUCGCAGAACUCCUCGCACUGCGAUUCUGUCAUCACCCCCGAAUGCUUGCGGGAUCUGUACAACAUCGACUACGAGGCCGAUGCCAAGUCCGGUAGCAAGGUCGGUUUCGCCAGUUACCUGGAGGAAUAUGCGCGUUAUGCGGAUUUGGAAAAGUUCGAGGAUCGUCUCGCUCCUUGGGCCAAUGGCGAGAACUUCAGCGUUGUUCUGUUCAACGGUGGCCUGAAUGACCAGAAUGCCGCUAGCGACAGUGGCGAGGCCAACUUGGACUUGCAGUACAUCGUGGGUCUGGGUGCCCCGCUGCCCGUCACCGAGUAUAGCACUGGUGGUCGUGGACCGCUCAUUCCCGACCUGAGCUCGCCCGAUCCCAACGACAACAGCAACGAGCCGUACCUGGAGUUCUUGCAGGGCAUUCUGAAGCUAGACAAGGACGAGCUGCCUCAGGUUCUUUCCACCUCCUACGGUGAAGACGAGCAGACCAUUCCCGAGAAGUAUGCUCGCACCGUGUGCAACCUGUAUGCACAGCUCGGCAGCCGUGGCGUGUCCGUGCUGUUCUCGUCCGGCGACUCGGGAGUCGGCGCUUCUUGCCAGACCAACGACGGCAAGAACUCGACCCACUUCCCGCCUCAAUUCCCGGCCUCCUGCCCUUGGGUCACCGCCGUCGGUGCCACCACCAAGACCAACCCCGAGCGUGCCGUCUUCUUCUCGUCGGGCGGUUUCUCCGACUACUGGCCUCGUCCUGAGUGGCAAGGAGAGGCCGUCGACAGCUACUUGGGCACCAUUGGCGACAAGUUCAAGGGUCUGUACAACAAGCAAGGUCGUGCCUUCCCUGAUGUCGCCUUCCAGGGCCAGAACUUUGCUAUCUAUGACAAGGGCGCCCUGGGCACCGUCAGCGGUACCUCCUGCUCUUCUCCCGCCUUCGGUGCUGUCAUCGGUCUUCUGAACGAUGCCCGUCUGCGUCACGACAAGCCCGUUCUCGGCUUCCUCAACCCUUGGCUAUACAGCAAGGCCAAGGACAGCCUCAACGACAUUGUCCACGGCGGCAGCACCGGCUGUGACGGCCGCAACCGCUUCGGCGGUACUCCUAAUGGCAGCCCAGUCGUGCCCUUCGCCAGCUGGAAUGCCACCGCCGGCUGGGAUCCCGUUACUGGACUGGGAACCCCCGACUUCACCAAGUUGCUGGAGGUUGCUCUGGCCCACUGA